AUGCGCUUCUUUUCCGUCCUUACGGCAGUUCUACCCGCCGGUCCUGUGGUCGAUGCAGCAAUCUUGCCUGACCUCGACUCCCGCUCCCCAUUGAUCCACGAUAUAAAUCUCCCGAAGCGUCAAACCCAGAGAUGCGGUGUCGCCGGCACUGAUCGAACCAACUGCAGGCCAUUACAAACGAUAGCGUCCUGCAAUGCUGCACGAGCAUCUACACUCUGCAAGCAAAAUACCAGGUGCAAGAGCUAUGCUGUCACCACAGCCAGUAAUGGGGUGCAAUCCUGCGGUCUCUACGCUUUUACUGUCAGCCAGGACGAGCACGACGACUUCGAGACGGGCGACUACAACGACGAGACGGGCUACUACGACGACGAGACGGACUACUAUAACGACGAGGCGGACUACUACUACAACUCGACCGGCAAGCAACACAAGUCGGCGGACAAGCACUACUACAGGGCGACUGAAUAA